AUGGUUUUGGCGAUAAUACUAUGGCUGGUUCUAUUUCUAGCAUCACCCAUACUGGGGCUUCUCCAUUUCUACGCUGCUGCUGGUGUACGUACUUGUUUCUACAAGGAACUCGGCCAGAAAUCGCUACUUGUAGGAAGAUACAAGGUAGAAAUUCGUGACGAGGACACAGAGAUCUACUAUCCGCCACGAAAUCGUCACAAUAUAGGAGCUCUUAUAGAUGUUGAGGAAACUUUUGACUCCAACCAUCGUGUAGUUCAUCAGAAAGGCGCUGCCAUAGGUCAGUUCACAUUCAGCGCAUUAGACUCAGGAGACCAUCGGAUCUGUAUAACGCCCAGAAGCUUCUACAGCAAGAAAAGUAAAUGGUACGGUGGCAAUGCCAACAGCGGAUCUUCUCAUGAGGACGAAGAAGCUGAACAAUUCGAUAUAAAAGACCUGAAGUUCAGACACGCUCGUAUAACAAUCGACUUUUUGAUCAGCGACGAGUUUAGUGCAGAUUCCAAACACUCACAAUCAGUCGAAACCCUUGCUUCACAAGUUAACCGGCUCAAUGAUAAACUCACGGAUAUCAAACGAGAACAAAAGUUCAUUCGUGAGAAAGAGGCUGUUUUCAGGGAUCUCUCAGAAAGCACCUGUGGGAUUGUAAUCCGCUGGCUGAUUAUCCAGCUAGGAGCACUUGGUGUGAUUUGUGUCUAUCAGCUAUUGUCACUUCUGCGGUUCUUUGUCAAACAAAAAGUAUCAUAA